GAGUCAUACACGAAAUUGGCAUUCAUUUGUGGGAAAAUACGGCUUGAAAUUGAAGACAGCUGUUGAACAACGUAUUGGAAAAACUUUGCACCCGAAACAACCAAAUGCCGAAAAAACAGAAUUAUGAUAUUCCACCGUGGGAACGGUCUAAUUGGGAGUUCAUGCAUGAAGGCCAGAAACGCUAUGCCUAUGAACAAUGGAUAAUGUUUCGUGUUCGCCGUGGUUUGCCUAUAGAUCACGACCACCCAUCAACAUCUGGUUCAGCCACUGGAACAAGUUCUGUAAACGAACAUCACGUCGACCACGAGGUAUCAGACAGCGAAGAAGACAAAGACGAACAAGGACCAGAAGAAAGACAACAACAUUCUGAACCACAACGUUUAGUACCAUAUUCUGAUAAUGACGAAGGUAUGAGUUCGCCAAUGCAGGUAGAUUCAGGUAAACGUCAGGCUGCAGCAGCUCAAUCUGGUGGAUCUAAGAAAGCAAAAAAACGUUAA